CCAGUUAAUCUUUAAAUGCUAAUAAAUGAAAUCAUUCUGUGUCCCUCAGGUAAAGCGGUGAUCCAGCAGACUCUGUGUGUGUUGAGGGAUCUGGUGGACAGUAUAUCAGGAGAGGCAACCAAAUCCCGUCAGAUCUGUUACCACAGCCUGCAGGAGUCUGUCCAGGUCACGCUCGCGCUCUUCCCCCUCUUCAUCCAGCAGCCAGAUGUGACGGAUGAGAUGCUGAGUUUCUUUCUCACGCUGUUUCAAGCGCUGCGUGUGCAGAUGGGCGUGGCCUUCACAGAGCAGAUCAUCCAGACCUUCCUCAGCAUGUUCACCAGAGAGCAGCUGGCGGUGAGCAUCUUACAGGAGGGCAGCUCUGGUUCCAAAGUGGUUCAGAAGUUUCUCAAGAUUCUGCAGGUGGUGGUUCAAGAACCCGGGCAGACGUUCAAACCUCUGCUACCCAGCAUCCUCAGCCUUUGUUUGGAUCAGGUGUACCCAAUAGUGUCGGAGGUAUGAGACAUGAAUAACAGACACCUAAACCUCAGAAUGCUUCAGAUUG